CGCUACUAUUCUAUAAGCGUUGCAUAGCUUUUAUAUGGCGACAAGUAUUUGGCCGUAAUUUGUGUGUAAACCCAAUGCAAUGUGUGGUCACGUGUGAGCACAGGUCGUGUCUUAACAUCCCUUUCCGUUUUGAACGCUUAACGCGAGUGUUGUUUGUAUUGUCAGUCAAUUGGCUUUAAAUCGCGAUUUAAUUCACAUCAAUGGCUACUAUCACCGCAGAGCUGAUCCACCACUCGGUGGUCAUCGCUGUCUAUACCAACGCUUAUAAUGGCUUAACUAAUGAUAUAAUGGUAUGGUUUAGGGCGACGAAAGAGUCGGUGCCGUCAGUGCAAGUGUUUGGCCGCAAGAAGACGGCCACAGCUGUGGCCUACUGUAAACGGGGCAACGGUCUGAUCAAUGUUAACGGCCGCCCGUUGGACAACGUGGAGCCACAGGUGCUUAAGUUCAAGCUUUUGGAGCCCAUUCUGCUCUUAGGACAGGACAGAUUCUCUGGCGUUGACAUCCGAGUGCGCGUUCGCGGCGGUGGACACGUGGCCCAGAUUUACGCCAUACGACAGGCCAUCUCUAAGGCGUUGGUCGCCUACUAUCAGAAGUAUGUGGACGAGGCCUCCAAGAAGGAGAUCAAAGACAUUCUCAUCCAAUACGACCGAACACUACUGGUAUCUGAUCCCAGACGAUGCGAGCCCAAGAAGUUUGGCGGACCCGGUGCUCGCGCCCGAUACCAAAAUGCUGUUUAUCCCUUCACUCCUUUCCUUCAUUUGAUUGCUAUUUCAAAUGUCAUCACUUUUGUUGUAUAUAUGGGACCAAACAUUUGUAAAUACCUUUUGGUCGGUGUGGGUGUGAGUCGACCGAACUCUAAUCCGGGUCCGGCAGUGCAGCCACCGGUGCGACAAUAA